CAUCUCCGACUGCUUUCGAGCUACAGCUUUGCAGAUGUGCUGUCAGUUGACCUCCAAGGUGCCGACAGAGUGGAACUAGAACUAAAAAAUGAAAAUGUGGUGCUGCAGUCCACCCGAGCUCCUCAGAUCACUGCCAUGAUCAGAUUAUUCCUCCGGGAGCUCAUCAAGGACUCAGGCCAUGUGGUGGCUCUGAAGAGCUUUGUAACGGAUGACAAGAGUCUGCUUAACCUCAACAAGGGUGACGUCAUCAAACUGCUGCCAAUGGAAGGACUCCAAAACGGCUGGUGUUUUGGCACCUUGGGAGGGCGCUCUGGUCUUUUCCCAGAGAACCUUACUCAGCCAUCUGCAGCUCCAGACUAUCAUUACCUACAUCUAGACCGAAGAGAUGACCGGAGGAAAAGCAUGAAGAUCGUUAGACCUGUCGGCUCCCCUGAGAGCCGGUCUCCAGGUCCCAUGAGCAGACCACUGAGGAGACCGUGGAGAGAGGAGUCAGAGCAGCUCAGCAGAGAGGCCUCAGUCCCCAUGCCAGCAAUGGAACAUAGAUCAGGACAGAGCUCGUUGCAGGGCUCUGUCCACGAGUUGGAGAUGCUUACUGCAAUGGCUGAAUUUGCAUCAAAGUACUUUCGAGUGGGGUCUACAGGUCUGCCAGCAAGUGGAAGAAAUUUUACAGAGGCAGUUCAGCACACAAAGAUCCCCAUUCAGGAGAGCCUCAUUCUUUACAAUGAUGAAGAAAUCAAAGAUCUGUCUAUCCAGUGCUUCAUGGACUUGUUGCAGUUCAUGGAAGACAUGCCAAUGAAGAAGAAUAGCACCAGAUUAGACUGCCUGGGACGUAUCCUGCUGCGAGGCAAGGAAAAUGAAAUGCUGAGAGAUGAAAUCUACUGCCAGGUCAUCAAGCAAACCACCAACAACCCAACAAG